AUGGGACUUCAUAAGAUCUUUGUCUUCUUCCUGGCCUUCGUCGGCCUUUCCCUGCGUGACACAAGUUUCCAGCCGUGCGAACAAAGUGAUGAUUGCGAUCCAAACAAUGCGGACAGCAAUGCCAGGCUGUUGGAAGGGGCUGGAGAAGGCACGAUGUCUGCGGAUGCAGAGCUUGCGUCCGAAGACGAGCUAGAAGCAGAAGAUUCUGCAGACCUGCAGGUACUGGUAGUCCAGCCUGCGGAUCAUUCUUUCAAUCAGUCUUUCAAAGCCCGUCAGUCACCAGGGGUGAAGCUGGAAGCAAGCGUCUUUGGAGGUGUUGACGCCACGCCGGCCACGAAAAAAGCGCGCAGAGUCUUGCAUGGUCCGAUGCACCUGAAGCGGAUUGCGGACAAGGAUGUAUCCCGUGCCAGCUUGUCUACUGUUCAGUACGAUUGGGUGAAGAUGAUACGGGGCAACAAGAACUAUACUGUCAUCUUCGAAUGCAGCGACGAGAACGCCAAAGUGACAUUGCCGCUGGCAGCCAUUGGGCUGAUGCCCACGCUCAUUACAGUGUUCCUCUCCUGUCUGAUGCCGGGGUUUCUCUGUGGCAUGUGUGGCAAGUGCGGCUUCCAUGCUUUGGAAACAGUGCCUGCAGGACGUGACGAGGAAACAGAUGACAAGACAACAUCUUUGGUUCCUCGCCUGAAGCAAUCUCUGCUAGUAAGGACAACCAAGCACUGGUGGGUCCAAGCAAACCCGGUGCUGAUUUUUGCCGCUUUCUUCGUUAAAGCGGUUAUAACCAGCGUGUUGUUCGACAGGCGCCUGGGUGCGGCCAGCCCUGCUAUAGCUGCUAUGACUGCCGUGCAUGUUGCAUUACCAUUGGUGAGCUGCUUGUCAAGUCUUGCUGUGCUGUGGGGUCUUCAAGCUGCACCACGCGUGGCAUUCACAGCCGACACUGCGCACUGCCCAGCCGAAGUUCAGAAAUCCUUGCAGAAAGAGUUUGCUACAGUUUCAUACUUUCUUGGGCCCAGGCUUGGCAUGCUUACGCUUGGCUGCUGGUUGAUGCCGGGUGUUGUGUAUACGAUGGCCAACACCCAGCAAUGCUUCAAGCCGGCAUCGGCGUUUGCGCAUGUUUCCUUUUUGGCAGCCGCGUACUUGUCGAACAUCUUGGCUAGUCAGUUCCUGCUGGAGGCCGUGAUAGUGGCUCGCGUGGCUCAAGCUCACGUACGAACGACCAGGGACUCGCUUGACCUAAAACCAGAUGUUGACAAGUUGCAGACAUUCCACAAAGCUUGCGUGAGGCUUGUUGAUGAGAUCAUGCCAGAACUUGCGAAGAUCAGUGGGCCAACUCUAGGUUUGGCAGCAUGCAGAGCUGUCUUGAGCUGUUUCUAUAUCCUCGAGGUGGCCCGCAAUGUUGCUAGGUGGGAAGAGCUACGCGGCAAGAUCACAGUGACAGCUUUGUUGAUGUCAAUCGUCAUUGACAUGCCCGUCGGAAUUUACUGCCUCUUGCUCCCAGCUAGCGUUUCAGACGAGUGUGCGGAGCUGAUGGAGCAUCUCAACAACGUCAGGGCGCAGGAAGUACCCAAGGAACUCAAGGCCGAGGUGGACAGAGAGAUCCGGCUGACCGAAACCUAUUUGAACAAGGUCAACCGUGGCCAAGGCUUGGGCUUUGUGCUUUAUGGCUUCAAGACAGUGGUGGACAAGCGGAUGAUCUUGUCCAUUUUCGCGAAGUUUGCUGCUGCAUCCUCGCUCUUGAUGACACUGCUUCGCGAGGUCUACAGCCAGGAGAAGGAGAUGGAAGACGUUCUGAUGAAGCUAAACUCCACGGCUCAACGAAGCUGA